GGCUGCAUGUGAACAAAAAGUCUCAGCCUCUUUCCACAAGCCGUGCGCCAAUGCCGUCGACGACGAGGCAAUCCCUGGGCAUUGGGGCCGAUGCCGAUGCUGCUCCGGCUACUGCUGCUGCGGCCACGGCCACGGCAACGGCCAUGGCGCAGGAUCCAGAAGGGAAUGGCUCCGGCCUGCUCUCGCGCGUCAAUAGCAGCGCAAGUAGCGCGAGCAGCUCGUCGCGCGGGGCGGGUGCAACGACGUUUGUCCACGACGACGGCACCAAGGUCAAGGUGCACAUCCCCGUCUCGUUCAAGGCCCAGGAGCGAAAUGCGCUCAUCAAGGCCGUGCGCGCCGGUGGCGGCGUCAUCGAGGCGCACUUUACCAAGGGCGACAUUGUCAUCUUUGACGCCGAGCACCGCCGGGCCGCGCGCGAGAUGCUGCGAAAAGUUGACGAGCUCAACGCAAACGAGCAGCUCAACGCAGACAACAAGCUCUUUCUGCCCAUCGUCAUGCCUGCCUGGGUCUAUGACAGCAGGGAAGCCGGCUUCCGGGUGAGCUACCACGAUGCAAAGUACGACCCACGCCUCUUUCUCGAGCGCACGGAGCGCGACGAGGGCCACACCUCUAGCGCAAAGGUCGCAAGGGCAGUCGCCAACAACGGCCACGUCAACGGCCCCCGGAUGCCCUACACACAGAUCGACAUGGACAACAUCGUGGAACAUCUGGCCAAGACGAGCGCGACCUGGACUGGGCUCAGUGUGGCAAGAGAGAUUGCCGAAAAGUACGGCCGGCAUAGCGCUGCGUCGUACCAGACGCACCUCCGCGACAACAUCAAGUCUGGAAGGAACUACGCCAAGCUGGUCGAGCGCUACAAGGAGGAGCACUCGCCUGCAGAGACCGAUGCGCGGUCUGGCCAGUCGGAAGAGGCGCAGAGACGCGAGGGGGCAGAAGAGAAACAGGCGGAGAAGCAGGAGGGGAGAGAGAAAGAGGCAGACGAGAUUGUGGAGGACGGUGAGGAGGAGAACAGCCAAAAGAGGCCUGUGGCAGUGGAGCAGGCAGACGCUCACACAGCCAGAGAUGGCCGCCGACGAGAAGAUGCGGCCACGGACAAUAGGGCAAGAGACGGUCAAGCCGGUGAGGAAGCAGAAGCAGCAGAGCGACGCCCCAAGGGCGUGCCGACAAGGAACGAAGAAGACGGCACAGCGCUCGCAGCAGCAGCUGCUGCUGUUGCUGCACCGACCCGCUUCGGCAAGGAGCAGUCCAAUGAGCUUAUCGACCGGUUGGCCAGGCUCCUCGCUCGGGCAAUUUGCGAGGGCCAGCUGUCCCUCGAUGAGGUCGAUGACGCCGAGGAUGGCUUCAUGAGAGACGACUACGCUACCCUGCGCGACCAAGGCAAGCAUGCCGAAGCCGAAAGGAGGCAGUCCAGCAAUCCAGCCUGGUUCCCCCCCUCGUGGCUCUUUGACGAUCUUUCCAGUGCGUAUCCGAGACAUGGGCCACAGGACUGGAUUGCGUUUCAUGCAAAGAAUCGCAAGCAUCUCGUCGAUCUCGCUCUCGAUAGGCUCAUUCUCAUGCCGCCAGAAGAGCUCGAAACCUUUGCGUCUCAGCUCCCGAGCGAGUCAACCCAGGAAGCAGGCGGAGGCAAGGAGGCUGACGAUGACGACGAGGAGAGAGAAGACGGAAGAGAUGACAGGAGACAAGAUGGAGAAGAUGAUGAAGGACAAGGAGAGAGGGAGGGAGACAGUAGACCUGCAGAGGAGCGAGAAAAGGAAGUCGAAACGAGCUCAGAUCGGAAGAAACCGAUCGAAGGCGAACGGAGCCGGGGAGGAGCCACAGAGAGCGCUUCUGCCAAGAGCAAAGGACGUCAAACAGCACAUUUUGGUCUUGGUGUCACCGAUGCACGUCUGCGAGCGGAUGGCAGAGGCGAAGCUUCUUCAUCGACUGGGCGUAGGCGGGCCGUCGUCGCUCGUCGGCCUGAGAGCGGAGAGGCGGGCGACCCCAUUCUAACACGGAGUGGCAACGCUCUCCUAUCGAGAAAGGGUUCCGUUUCUCCAUCGUCAAAUGAAGAUCAUGGAGAUGACAGCGUCCAAGAAGGCGAAGAAGACGAAGACGAAGCAGAGGAAGGGGAGGAAGGAGAGGAAGAAGAAGAAGAAGAAGAAGAGGAGGAGGAGGAGGAGGAAGCAGAAGAUGUGGAAGAAGAUCUCGAUAGGAUUCGAAGACGACGAUCUGCCAGCGCAAGGGUCAGUCUUGGCGGCCAGAACCAGCAGCACCAGCCUCAGCACCCUCGCGCAUCGAUGGGCAGCACCGCUCGGCGGACAUCCUUGAAUGCCUCUCAUCGACAUCAGCGUCCAACUCCAUCUGCCCCCUCGUCGCCUUCCAACAGCCCUGUCAAGCUAGGAGGUGGCGGGCCCACUUCUCCGUUCCCGCGACAGUCUCGUGGCGAGACCCUCGAGGAACGGGUCUACGCCUUUAGAGAUUACUACGGCUUCGCUUCCGUCGGUGCAUGCGCCCACUUGAUCCCUGGUGGCGAUGUCGAAGAGGGCAGGACAACAAUGGAGGGCUGGAUCGAAGACAUGUGCGACAGGUACGAAGUGGCAAAAGCCACAGUCCUGGCUGCGCUGCGCAACACACGGUGCAACUUUGAGACGACGGAGCUCAUCCUGAGUUGGUACCUGCCCAGAAAGGGACCCCGUGCGAGCACCGGAGAAGGGAAGCGGAGAAGAGCAGGCAGACGUAGUCAUGCGAUGAGACUUGAAGGCGCGCAGGCCGACGAGGAAGAGGCAGAGGAGGAAGAGAAAGAGGAUCACGAUUUCCUGGAAGCGGGGCCCUCAAAGCGUUCUAGAAAGUCGGUACCUUAAAAACGCAGGUGAUUUGCUCACUUAUCGGUCGUCCAUUUGUAGUAUUAUUAGCAGCAGUAUAAUCAUCCACCAAGGUAUCUUGCUUCAGAC